UUAUUUUCUUUAUAUAUUGGCUAUACUACUAACUAUUAUGUUUACUAAAAUUGUUUCUCUUCUUGAAAUAAAAUUACUUAAAAUAUUUGAUGCAUAGAACAUUUUAAUUAAAUGUACAUUAAAUAUUGUGAAAUUAAUUAAUAAUCUAUAUUUAUUAAAAUAUUGUGAAUGAUUCAUUAUUUACAUAAUAAUGACAUAAUUGAUGUAUAUGUGGUAAUUAGCUACUUAUAAUAAACUAACCUAUAAAAUUAUGGAUAUUCCAACUCCUUCAAAUGUAAAUCAUGGAUUUUCGCAUAAUACUGAUGGAUUUUUAAAUAUAUCUAUUGAAUCUCCAAAUUUGGAUCCAUUAUCAACAAAACGUAGAAGUUCUUCACGUACAAUAAAACGUAGAAAAUUUGAUGAUGAACUUGUUGAAACAACAUUUAACUUACAACCUCCAGCUACAAGUACAAAAUCUGCUGCUAGAUCUAGAACUGUCUCACUUUCUACUACUCCAAUAGAAUCUGCUGUUCCACAACAAAAUGCAUCAAGUCCCAUUCAGAUUUCUACAAAUGUUUCUCAAUCAGAUAGAUGUAAUAGACGAACAAAUAGACCAGGAGCUUCAAAUGCUCCAGGACGAAAAAAUAAAAAAAAUAAAAAUCAUUCACAUUCUGUGAAUGCAACAAAAGAUUUAGGAAGAUGGAAACCAACAGAUGAUUUAGCACUAAUUACUGGUGUACAGCAGACAAAUGAUUUAAGAAUGGUACAUAGAGGUACAAAAUUUUCUUGUCGUUUUACAUUACAAGAAAUACAACAAAGAUGGUAUGCUUUGCUAUAUGAUAGUGCAGUUUCAAGAGUUGCAGUUCAAGCUAUGCGUAAUUUACAUCCAGAAUUAAUUGCUAGUGUACAAGCAAGAACUUUAUAUAGCAAAGCAGAGGAAGAUCUUUUGGGUACAAUAAAAUCGACUUCUCAACCUACAGUAGAAGUAUUUCAAGAACUUCUUGAAGCUAAUGCUCAUACAUUUUAUUCUGCUCGAACGGCAAAAGCUUUAUUAGCUCAUUGGCAGUUAAUGAAACAAUAUCAUCUUCUUCCUGAUCAAACUGUACAAAGCUUACCACGAGGUGAACAUGUUCUUAAUUUUUCUGAUGCAGAAGAGAUGAUUAAUGAUACAGAAUUAAUUGAACAAAAAGAUGAAUUAGUAGAUGCAGAACUUAUUGCAGCAGAUAGGAGAAAUAAAAGAGAAAUAAAAGUGUUAGAAAAUGAAUUGAGUAGAUGGCAAGUUUUAGUUGAUAGUGUAACAGGAGUAAAUUCACCAGAUUUUGAUAAUCAAACUUUGGCAAUACUUAGAGGAAGACUUGUUAGAUAUUUAAUGAGAUCACGAGAGAUUACUGUAGGUCGUUCAACAAAAGAUCAUAAUGUGGAUGUAGAUUUGACAUUAGAAGGUCCAGCUUGGAAAGUUUCACGAAGACAAGGAACUAUUCGAUUAAGAAAUAAUGGAGAUUUCUUUCUUUCUUCGGAGGGAAAACGACCAAUUUUUGUAGAUAGUAGACCCAUUCUUGCAGGAAAUAAAAUGAAGCUUAACAAUAAUAGUGUAAUCGAGAUUGCAGGUUUGAGAUUUAUAUUUUUAAUAAAUCAAGAACUAAUUUCUGUUAUUCGUCAAGAAGUAGUGAAAUUAAAUUUAAAACCAUAAAUAUUCUAUUUCAUUCCAUAAUUGAACACUAAAUGAUGUAUUUCUUUGUAAACGUUCAUUAUAUUAUAUAGAAAUUUUGUAUAAAGUAUACAAUUGUUUCAUUAAACCAAUAAAUUUUGCUCAAUUUUGUAUAA